AUGACGGUCCUAAAUCCCUUUGCCUUCCGGCCGCUCCAGGUCACCUUCUGGGCGGUUGUAGUCUACCUUGCGACUGUCAUCCCCGUCAUCCACAUCCAUGAAACCGUGCCCAGUCCGCCGGCUGAGUCAGCCCUAACGCGUGGCAUCAGCAUCGUCGAAGCAUGGGCCGACCUUGCCAAUCUGACGCAGUACAUGCACCCGGCAAAUAGCCACGCUAACGAUGACGUGAGGGUCUUUUUGCUGCAGCGCAUCUAUCAGAUCCUCGACCGCAAUGGUGUCUCCUAUAAGACGCAGGCCGACCGUUCGGACGGCACGUCGUCCGUACUUACAACGCCCAGGAAUGCCCCUGAAAGCAUUGCAGACACGGCUGCGGUCGUCUUCGACGAUCUGCUGACCAAUGUGUCGUUCACCACGAGGUACUCCGAGGGACGCCGCUCUGGCCUGUACUUCGAAGGCACCAACAUCUACGUCUACAUUCGCGGCACGCGGGACGAGGCCGGUGACUGGUGGCGGGCACCCGCUGAUUCGCCGCAGGCCAAGGCUAUGCAAAAGCAGAUCGUGUUGGUCAACGCGCACUUUGACUCCGUAUCCUCGAGCUUCGGCGCCACGGACGAUGGCGUCGGUGUCGUCUCAUGUCUGCAGGUCGUCCGCUACUUCAGCACGCCGGGCAACCAGCCGGAGCGUGGCGUCGUUGUCCUGCUGAACAACGCCGAGGAAGAGUUUUUGCUGGGUGCCACUGCUUUUGCGAACAGCCCGCUGGUCCCUUUCAUCGGCACCUUUGUGAAUCUUGAGGGAGCUGGUGCUGGUGGACGUGCGGUGCUGUUCCGCGCCACGGACCUUGAAGUCGUCAAGGCAUACCGCGAGGCACCGCACCCGCACGGCACGGUGAUUGCCAGUGAUGGCUUCAAACAGAACUGGAUCCAAAGCGAGACGGACUAUCGCGUGUGGGUGAACGCGCUGGGCUACCGCGGACUUGACAUGGCCUUCAUGAAGCCACGCCUGCGGUACCACACGCAGCAGGACGACCGCCGGCACACGUCCACGGCCAGCGUCUGGCACAUGCUGUCCGGCGCCCUCGCCUCGACCAAGACCUUGACCGGCUCGGCGGGCGAUGCCGUAGAGGAUGGCGAGACCGACGCCGUAUGGUUCGACUUGUUUGGCGACAGCCUGAUUCUGCUCGCGCUCCGCAGCCUCUUUGCGUGGUCGCUGACCAUCCUCAUCGUUUCGCCGCUCCUCGUGGCCCUUAUCCUAUUCCUGCUGCACAAGUUCGACAAGGACUACCUCUUCCGCGCCUCCGUCGAGCAACCCGAAAGCGCCGAUGCCGACAGCAAGGUCGACAUUGGCGGCUGGAAGGGCUUUUUUCGAUUCCCGGCGGCGCUGGCUGUGGCUGGCUCGGCUGUUUAUGGGACGGCUCUCCUUGUUUGCAAGGUCCAGCCGUUUGCCAUCUACAGCCAUCUUUACGCCGUGGUCACGCUUAUGGUGACGGUAUUCGUCUUCGUCUUUUGGGUCGUUAUGCGCGUCGCCGACUUUGUCCGGCCAUCCGCAUUCCACCGGACACAUGCUCUUUUCUGGCUCUUCGGCAUUUUCUGGGUGCUACUCGUGGUCGCCGCCGUCGGCGAAGACCGCGGACACAUUGCCUCUGGCUAUGUCAUCGUCUAUCUGGCGACGAGCGUGUUUGCGUCUCUUUUGAUCUCUCUCUUGGAGCUCUUUGCCCUAAAGACCAAGAGCGCCUACAUUGAGGAGCUGGAUAGCAGAAUGAGCGCCCUGGCCAACGGCAACGAAGGCGACGCUCUGAUCUCGCCGACCCCUGGCGAGGGCGUUUCCAACAAUGAGAGCACCAUUGAGAAUGAGCCAAACGAUGCCGGCGAGGCCACGAGCGGCGGCCUUGACGAAGUGCCGACCGAGACAAGUCCCCUGAUCGGUGGCAACAUUCGCAAUAACCGGCCCACCACGUUUGCCACGGGCUACCGGCGGUCCUUGUCUGCCCUUCUGGAUGAACGCAGGCGGGAAGAGGCGGCGGCCGAAGUUCCGAGCAGCGGCCUAUGGGCGGUCCAGUCGCAACCGUUUGGAGUUGAGCAGGGCUGGUCCAAGUAUAUGCCCACCUGGACGUGGUUCCUUCAGUUUCUUAUUCUUGGCCCAUUCAACAUUAUCGUUGCGGCCCAGCUGCUGCUCCUCCUCGGUUCCGCCGUACAGCAGACGGGCACAGACGGCUCAGACGUACUGAUGCCAUAUCUUCUCGUUGGCGCACUCUCGGUUCUGGCCCUGCUUCCCUUGACCCCCUUCGUUCACCGGGUGUCGAGGCACAUUCCACUCUUUUUUGCCGUCGCGUUCAUCGGCACGCUCAUCUACAGCUUUGCCGUAUUUCCUUUUUCUGCUACGAAUCCCUUCAAGUUCACUCUCCGGCAGGACUUCUCGGUGGAUCAUGGCAACUCGUCUGUCACGCUGACCGGCUAUGAGGGCUACAUUCACGACAUCAUCAACAACCUUCCUGCCGCCGCAGGUCGUCGGUUGGCAUGCACUGCCACCGGUGGCGGGAAAACUGGGCUGCUCGACUGCACCUUUGACGGUACCGGUCUGGAGCCGCGCGUCGACGGUGACACUACAUCGCCCUUCUCGGGCAGUUACGAAGGCCUUAUCUCUGUGAACGUGACACGGGUGCCUGGCAAGUUGGCCGCUUCGUUCGACAUUACUGCCGUCAACACCAAGGUCUGCGGCUUGCGCUUCGACCGACCAGUCAAGGCUGUCUCUGUGCGCGGGAGCAGCAGUGCCCUGGAUACGCGCUUCGGCUUUGAUAAAGAGCCCGCCCCGCUGGACGGCAACUGGGAAAUUGGCGACUUUACGCUCUGGCGUCGGGACUGGAAGACGCCGUGGACGGUCGACGUGGAAUGGGCCGGCGACGGCAAUACCGACGCCAACACGGCCGGCAGCCUGACAGGCCACGUCAUCUGUCGCUGGGUCGAUGCCAACACGCCGGGAACUGCACCGGCUGCAGACGAGGCGUGGAAGUACGCGCCGACGUGGUCGAUAAUGACCAUUCGGCAGAGUCCUGGCCUUGUUCAGGGCAGCAAGGCAUUUGCAGUGUAA